GAAAUCUUGUCUGCAUUUACUGCGGACGUGAGUAGAUUGAUUGCUCACGAUGUCAACUAGUUUUUAUCAACGUUCCAUUUUCUUGUCAGUGACAAGCGCUAGCCUUCGCAUUGAAAAAAAAGUUGAAUUUUCUACACAUCAGGACGAACCCCCGAGUGGCUACAACUAACUUGGAGUUCAAAUUUUACCACUUUGUAGUUUAUGUUACACGUUCACGCGGCGGUGUAACCGUAUUUCUAUUUUUUUCAUCCGGUUAAAGCAAAACUUGAGCAGCUGCUAUUCUAAGUAAGUGUUUUAUCCCUCUCCGCGUCACUGGUCGUAUUAACCGUAGGCGAAGAACGUAACAUCUUGAGCAAAAUGACACCCUUCUUCAUGUGCUCAACACGGUCUACCAGGUUCACCGGUUGUUUCGUGUGGUGGAUCGUGAUCACCGGUUCAUUCGUGUGGCGCGAGGAGGGGACAUAUCCUGAGUAAAAACGUACCCACACCAGAGUCAGGGUGGGGAUUUUGCAACACAACCCUAGGAGUUUGGUGAGUCAUGCAUGACAAGUUGCACUAUGCAGUGUAGUGCAGGUUAGCAAGUGCAGCCGCAUCACAGAUUCGUCUGCUCAUCCUGUUCACAGCAUCACAAAUUCCAAAACACGAUUGGAAAUGGCUCUCAUGGGGAUGCGCAUUACAAGUCUUCCUCUCUUUGCAAAUCUGCAUUACAACUCUGGUGUGGGUACGUUUUUACUCAGGAUACUCACGGUCUGCUGGUUAUGUCACCAGUUGUUUCGUGUG